UCGGCCACGGAUGACCGCCGCCGAGGGGGAUUCAUAGCGAACCAACGAGUACUUCCUCGAGUUAAUCGACGCGGUGAAGAAGGCACAUCCGUCCUGGUUGCCAUACCACAGGGACGAGGCACGGACGAGGAGGCUGGAUGGUGCGUUUGGAAGGACGAGAGCAGACGUGACCGCCAUGACCACGAAGUGGCAGGUCACGGGCUGCAUGCUUCAGAUGGACGGUUGGUCUGAUAGACGCAACUGCCCCCAUCUGAAUGUGAUGGUGUCGUCCCCGAUAGGAACUGUCUUUUGGAAAUCAGUGUGCAUGGAGGGGAAAGACAAAGACUCGGUGGUGUAUUUCAAGAUCCUUGAUGGGGUGAUCAAGGAGAUUGAGCCAAACGCAGUGGUUGGCGUUGUCAUGGACAACGCAAGAGUGUGUAUGAAGGCGGGUAAGAUGGUGGAGGCCGCUUACCCUCAGGUUUUUCGUGUCGGCUGCACUGCGCAUGCCCUCGAUUUAGCACUCGAGGACAUGUACAAGCAGCUCAGUUGGCUGGCGGUGGUCGUCGACGCCGGCAAUGUAGUAGGCAAAUUCUUCACGAAUGUGGAUAAGGCGAGGGCUUUGUUCGACAAAUUCUCGCCGAAUUCGAAGUUGAAGCGGCCGGCGGUCACCCGAUUUGCCACAAGUCACGACAUGCUAGCUUCGUUGAAGAGAGGGAGGAAUGCACUGGAGAGGGACGGGUUUUGGGACAAGGUGGACAAGGCCCUCGCAGUGAUGUCUCCUGUUGUGGAGCUGUUGCGCCUGGUCGACGGGCCAGGCGCAACAAUGUCGAAGGUCUACUUCAAGAUGGACGCGCUCGUCGAGAGAAUGCGCAGCCUCGACUGUGUCACCCCGGGUGAGAAGGCCGACAUUGAGGACAUUCUAAUACAUCGGUGGUCGUUCAUGACGAGCGAGCUGCACUGCGCGGCUGCCUUCCUUGACCCGAAUUUUCGACAAAGUGCAUUGGCAGAGCGGGAUCGGGAGGUUCGCGCGGGGUUCAACAUUUGGCUGUACUCGUGGGCGCCGAAAGAUAAACCCACCCUCGAUGAACUGAGCCGGCAAGUUGAUGACUGGACCAAACUACGUGGGUCAUUCAACACACGAGAGGCAGCGGAGGCGGCGCGUGUGAAACCGGCGGCCUUGUGGUGGGAGGCAUUUGGGGCAAAGUUGGACCUUCUGCAGCCGCAAGCGGUCAAAUUGCUUGGCCAAGCAAGCUCGUCCGCUGCAUGUGAGCGGAAUUGGAGCUUGCAUAAACUCAUUUUUGGAAGACGGCGCGCGAAGCUCAUGCCGGAGAGACCGUCAAAGUUGGUGUUCAACAACUGGAACACCCAAUUGAUCCGGAGUUACAUCCACGGCGGUAAGGAGGAGGUCUACAUCCCUUGGGAGGAUGACCGACCGGUGGAGGCGGAAGUUGAGGAGUGGUACAACACGUGGGUGGUGACGGCGGUGUUCAAUGACGAUGACGCAGCAGACAAGCUCGAUGACGCGGAGGUGGAAGAGGAGCAUGGGGACGAGCCACUGAUGCGAACUUGGCUGCGAAAUGACGAGUGGGAUGACCAAGAGUGUGAGGCGGAGGACAUAGCCCUUGCUGCAAAGGCAGCAGCAGCAGCAGCGAGAAGUGCGGGAGCCAGAAAAGGAAGGAAGAAAAAGGCGCGCAGCAAUGUCAUCGACGAUGACAAAAGCGGCGAUGAUGCGGCGGCAGCAGAUGACAAUGAGGCAGCAGCAGCAGGCGACGAGGCGGCAGCAGCACCGUCGUCGGCAUCCUCAUCUUCCUCGUCGGACGAUGAGGAUGCAAGUGGGAGUGGGGCGGAGUCCAUGGAUGCAAGUGGGAGUGGGGCGGAGUCCAUGGAACACGGUGAAGGAGACGGGGACGGCACGGGUGAGAGUUCGGAGGAUAGCGAGGGGCCAUCCGGGGAGGAAGAGGAAGGAGACAGCGGGGAGGAGCAGGAGAGAGCAGCAGAGCUCACUCCUGCAAACUUUGAAACUGGGUAGUUUUGUUUUCAAUUCCAGAACUUUGAACUUUCUGAACUUUGCAAACAUCGC